CCCGCCCCGGCGGCCCCUCCCGCCGCGGCGCCGGGGCUUUUACUUUCGCUUUCUCAGCGGCAGCGGCCACAGGACCCUGGCUGCCGUGGGGCUGGGAGGACGCCUGCCUCGCGCGGUGGGAACGAUGGCAGAUGAUCAGGACCAUGUUGGGGAGCAGGGAGCUGGGGAUUCAGCAAAUAAGGACUCAGUGGAUGCCAAGCCAGAUCGGUCCUCAUUUGUGCCGUCACUCUUUAGUAAGAAGAAGAAAAAUGUCACAGGACAGUCAGUCAAGACCAUACGGGACCGAGUACCUACCUAUCAGUAUAACAUGAACUUUGCGAAGGUGGGCAGGUGCAUCAUCAUAAAUAACAAGAACUUCGAUAAGGUGACAGGCAUGGCGGUCCGAAACGGGACAGACAAAGAUGCGGAGGCCCUUUACAAGUGCUUCCAGAGCCUGGGUUUUGACGUGGUCGUCUAUAAUGACUGCUCUUGUGCCAAGAUGCAAGAUCUGCUUAAGCAAGCUUCUGAAGAGGACCACUCAAAUUCAGCCUGCUUUGCCUGCAUCCUGUUAAGCCAUGGAGAAGAAAAUCUAAUUUAUGGAAAAGAUGGUGUGACCCCAAUAAAGGAUUUGACAGCCCAUUUCAGGGGGGAUAGAUGCAAAACCCUUUUAGAGAAACCCAAACUCUUCUUCAUUCAGGCUUGUCGGGGGACAGAGCUGGAUGAUGGCAUCCAAGCCGACUCCGGGCCCAUCAACGACACAGAUGCUAAUCCCCGAUACAAGAUCCCAGUGGAAGCCGACUUUCUCUUCGCUUACUCCACAGUUCCAGGCUAUUACUCUUGGAGAAGCCCAGGAAGAGGCUCCUGGUUUGUGCAGGCCCUCUGCUCCAUCCUGGAGGAGCACGGGAAAGACCUGGAGAUCAUGCAGAUCCUCACCAGGGUGAACCACAGGGUGGCCCGGCACUUCGAGUCUCAGUCGGAUGAUCCACGUUUCCAUGAAAAGAAGCAGAUCCCGUGUGUGGUCUCCAUGCUUACCAAAGAACUCUACUUCUCUUAGUAACCGUUCCUGGGUGCGUUCUAGUUCAGAAGCUAUGGGUCAUUUGUUGAUGGAUCAGAUGUUUUUUAAUGCUCUUAAAAUAUCUGGAAACUCCACAGGAUUUUAAUUUCAGGACAAUUUAUUGAUUAUACAGGGAAGAAACUUUCUGUUAUGUUCUCUGAAUUUUCAGAGACUUUUUUUACAAUGUUAUUCAUUGGAUGACUUUGUAAUUUCCCCUUAGGGUUAAUUUUCUCUUUGUAUUUCUUUCACUUUGUUAUUGCACUUAGUACAUGCGACAAAAGUGACCUCUGGAGGAGACUGUUGGCUUUGUCCGCUGUAAUUGGUGGUGACGCUGGUAGAGUCAGAGUUGGAUUUGCACUUGGCAAAGACAAUCCCAGUGUUUGACAGAAAACAGCCAAUAUUGGCGUAUAUUGUAGAAAGUGGGUAUUGAGUGUGACUUGAGUGAUUUUUUUAUUGGCUUAGGGCAGAUUCUCAUGCAGAAAUUCUCACAUACGUUAGAGGAGAAAAAAAAUCUAAUGAUUCAUAUAUAUCAAUCUGGAAAAUAGAAACUGUUUUAAGUAUUUCAAUAGAGGGAAUGUUUAUUUUAUUUUUACAGAGACGGGGUCUCACUUUUGUUACCCAGGCUGGUCUCAAACUCCUAGACUCAAGCCAUCCUCCUUUCUUGGCCACCCAAAGUCCUGGAGUUACAGGUGUGAGCCACUGUGCCUGGCGAAUAGAGAUAAUUUAAUACAAGAAAUUGACUUAUAUAGAUUAUAAAAGAAGCCAAAUAGCAAGAAUUUGUUAGCACAACUAAGGCUCUGAGAAUAUGGCAAGAGGCAUGGUUUCCUAAGUCUAAAAACUCAGAUCAUCGGAGGAUCUAGAAGCAUGGUGGGACCUGCCUGGUGAGAGCGAGGACCACUGGGGGAUUGCGGGAAAUGGAGCCAUUGCACGGACAAAGCCAUUGCCUGAGAGAGAGGCAAGACCAGGUCUGAGUCAGAUAUGGAGAAAUACCCUGGCCCCGCCUCUCCUGCCCUCAAGUCUUCUUACCAUUCCAGCCCUACCUGGAAACCACCUAGCCCUUGGAAGAGUGAUUUGCUUGGUACAGAGCAGAGCAAGGGACAGUGAGGUGGGGGAGAAAAAAGAAAUGGAUGUGAGCCUUGCCCAUAAUGUGAAUGUAAGUGAGUAUGUUCCCUGAUGUUCGACAGUUCAUCCAUUCAACCAUUUAUUUGUUGGGUUGUCAGACAAUCUACGUAUGUGCAGAAUAAUCUGUUUCAGCUUUCAAAUAUAUCUGGAACUUUGUAGAUGAUUUCAGAUCUUAUUCUGAAUAAAAUUUUUGUUACCUCUGAUUCUAUCAGUGGGGAAGAGUUUAUGGGUAAAGAUUUUUGGCACUUGUGUUUUCAAGGUAGUGUUAUCUUUUAAAUAUUUGAUAAAGUACCAUUCUUUUUUCUGCCUGAUAACUGGUUAACGAAAUGUUCGUAUUUAUUGAUUAAAAUGUGAUUGCCUAA